AUGCUGGCCUCAGUCCAGAGAGCUACUACAGCUUCGAAGGCGACGACGUCGAAUGUCACGGCUUCGGGCUUCCUGAUGACAACUGCCGCUUCUACUACGACGGCGGCUUCGAAAACGACGACUGCCAAAACAACGGCCAGCCAGCAUACGGCACCAGCAUUGCGUUUCGCGACGAAGGCGGUGGCCGAGGGUGCCAGUUCUGGGCCGAUCAGUACUGCAGUGUGGACAGGUAUCCAGAAGCUCUUGGAGAGGUUGACCAGUUCAACGGGUGUUUUGACUUUCAGACGGAGGGGCGGAUCGGAAGCUUCAAGUGCAACGUUUGAUGUAAGGCUAGACUUGCUAGCAGCGCGCGCGUCGAGAACAGAAUCAUGGUCUUUUAUAAAGGAUGCUGGCCCCUGCCUCUUUCCAAUUCGCUCUUGUAACUCAUCGCAGGGCAAGGCAGGGGCCCUUCGUUGUAUUCUUUUGCAUGUAGAGGAGAAGCAGUGCGUGCUGCUCAGACAUGCUUAUCAUCAAUCAAUCGCUAGGAUGUACUUAUCAACGCCCUUGACUGUGCAGUGUGCGGUCUAG